AGUAUCAACUAAUGUCAAGUUUAAUAACCCAUGUUCAUUGGAGCCUGAGGUUAAUGUAAAAAUGUCACUAAAAGGGAUUUGGCAGGAGGACAACGCCACUGAUUUGUUAAAUGUGCCACUGUUGGAUUUCUCCUUACAGGGAGAAACGCAUGCUGAAGAAGACAUGGUUGAUAAUAAUGGGUUAUAUCAUUCUACUGAAGAAGCAGAAUUUGCCAGGAGACAGAGAACACCACGCACUCGUGGUGUGGGAAGAAAUUUAAAGGAUAGCUUUCACAGCAUGCAUUCAAUGACAACUCGUUCUCAAGGUCCCACUAGAGUGCAGAUGCCUAUAUUACAAAAUAAUGUGGGCACAGAAAACUAUGUCCCUUAUUCAUUUGGAGAUGUACAAGCCCUGGUGGACAAAUUGCCUAGUAUUGCAGCUGGUGGCAGAUUGUGGCUUGCCGAACUUGAUAAUCUAACUAAAGGAACUAAACUGGCUUUGGGUGAUUUUAGAGCUGUUCUAGGCCGUUGUGUUCCUGCUUCAACUGCAGAUGACAUUGAAUAUGAAGCUCGAACAUCCAAUAUUGGAGAUGAAACUUUAUUCUCUUCAGUUAUCACUCGUUUGGGGAACGCCAUUAGAGAGCAUUUCCCAUUAUCAACUCCUGCAGCGGUUCCCAAGUUUGACUGGGAUCCCUUACAGCAUCCAAAGGAUUUCAUUACUCAAGCUGAAGAGAGUUGGAUUAAACACACAGGUGUAAAUCCAAAAGGGGAUAGUUCUAACUUGGGUGAAUUAUUCAGGGAAGCUGUCCUGAAAGGUGUGCCUCCUUUGGUGUCACAGCUGAUGAAACAGAAUCCUGAGAUGCCUGGUUGUGAGUAUGCCCGCUGGGAAAAACAUCUUGUACACCAUUUGCAUGUUGCUCAGGAUGUAGAGAAGAAGAAAAAACAAGAGAAAGAGGAUAUUCAUGAUCAAUUAAUCAAAUUGCAAUUAUUAGAUGCUAAACGGCAGGUGAAUCAACGUAAACAAGAAAAAACUGAACAUGUUAUGGUUUCGGCAGUUGCAUCACCUGGGGCUCCAUCCCCGAUGGUGACACCUCAGUUUAAUCCAAUGCAAGGGGGAGGGAUCCCCCCUCCUGUUUUCUAUCCUCCAUGUAAUUACAGAUCUGCGGGUUCUGCGCGUGGAUUCGGAUUGCGAUUUGGUGGACGGCGUGGACGGUCAGGAGGUGAGAUUGUGCCACCGAACCCUAAUAUGGCCCCGCCUCCGCAAGGUCAGUACCCCCAGGUCGGAGAAAACUUUUAUGGACAAUUUUGA